GGGUCAGCUGGCAGUCAGUUGGGGAAAUUUUCAUGUUCCUUCCCGGCGGGCGGUGUGCUGAUCCUGAGACGACUUGGUUUAUCUAACCAGCACGCCAAGAAAGCUUUUCCUCAGGUUACUUCGUGGUUCAGAUCAGCCACCUCCUGAAACAUCAAGCAGCGCUGCCUUAACAGCCCCACCUGCCAGCUCUUCACUGUAACCAAGCCAACCUAAAGCCUUGAAAAAUGAUGCAGAUCAGCAGCGACUCCGCCAGCAACAAGCACUCCCUCAUCAACGUCAUGCACCGCUUCAUAGCCGCCGCCAACAACAUGGACGAGACCAUCAUGGUGCCCAGCCUGCUGCGCGACGUGCCGCUGGAGGAGCAGGCGGCCAGCGAGGUGGAGGCAAACAAUAACAAUGAGCCGCCGUGUCCCAACAAGCAGAGGGACAUGUACGAGCACUACCUGCUCCUCAAGUCCAUAAAGAACGACAUGGAGUGGGGCCUGAUCAAGAGGGAGAUGAGCAGCGGCGCCAGCUUCCUGGAGAUGGCGGUGAAGCAGGAGGAGCAGCAGCCGGUCACCGGGGACCUGCUCCCGGACGACAACUCGGACCUGGAGCAUCAGUUUCACUAUCACCUCAGAGGACUGUUCGGAGUUCUGUCCAAGCUCACAUUGCAAGCAGACCACCUCACCAACAGAUACAAGAGAGAAAUCGGAGGAGGAAACUUCAUGAGAUAGAAAUCCCUGAUGUUGGCUUUUUUUUUUUUUUUUUUUCUCUCUCUCUCCCCCCACCCCUGACUGCUUGACUUGCAACAAUGGGAUGUGUUGAAGGGCCCCAUCUCUUCAUCAUAGAUCUCAAUGGACAGUGAACUGACCAGGGCAACCACUAUGUGACUUCUCACUCCUGUGUAGCGACACUCCAACUUCCCUCUUCUCCCCCCCCAGACCAAACGUACCUGAAGCCAGUGACGCCCGCAGCACACGUCUACCUGCGCCUGCCUGUCAGCGCAGCGGCCGACACGUCGUGCUCGGUGGAGGUUAAUCGAAUCUGUACCCCAAGUCCAAAUGAAGCACAGCUCUGGUUUAUGCAGAAACUCGCCCUCCCCCUUGUCUUUCGUUUCAAAUUUGAACACUUGUCACCAGAUCGAUGUGUCUGAUUGUGAAUAAAAAGUUUGCCUGUAGGAGA